ACCGUCCUGCGUUUUACCUGCACGGCGCGUCACGCUGUGAACGUGGCGGAAAGAGACGUCACGAGUGUGAAGGGUGAACCCUCAUGUAUAGGAGUUGUUUUCCCAUCCUGUCAAACAGAUGUGUUGUUGUUGUCUUAUUUGUUGACAACCCUCCAUCACUGUGUUGUCAGGGUGCUGUUCAGGUGAAACUAGAACUCGGUCAUCGUGCCCAGCUGAGGAAGACGCCCACCGUGGAAGGUUUCACCCACGACUGGAUGGUGUUUGUCCGCGGCCCGGAGCAGAGCGACAUCCAGCACUUUGUGGAGAAAGUGGUUUUCCACCUGCACGAGAGCUUCCCCAAACCAAAAAGAGUGUGCAAGGACCCGCCGUACAAGCUGGAGGAGUCUGGAUACGCCGGCUUCAUCUUGCCUAUUGAAGUUUACUUCAAAAAUAAGGAAGAACCGAAGAAGGUCCGCUUCGAUUACGACCUGUUCCUCCACCUGGAGGGCCACCCGCCUGUCAACCAUCUGCGCUGCGAGAAGCUCACCUUCAACAACCCGACGGAGGAGUUUCGUAGGAAGCUGCUGAAAGCCGGAGGGACACGGGAUCCUCACAAACGAAGUUCAGAAGACUCAAAAGUGAUGGUGAUGCAGGAGGGCUCCACCUCCCUGUUCGGCCAGCAGCACCUGAAGCUGCCGACGCUCCCCAACAGCUCGCUGUCGUCCACCUUCUCCGAUCCAAAGAAGAGCAAAAGCUUCCACGGGUCAAAGGACGGCUCUAAGGGAAGCGGUAUCACCCUUCUGACCACAACCACCAGCACCAACAGCAGCAGCUUCUCCAAACUCCACAAGCCCUCCAAGGACCACAAAGACAAGCCUCCAAAAGACUUGAAAGAGCCCAAAAGUGCCUUCAGAGACUCCGGCUGGGAGCCCAGCAAAGCCCCCAAAGAACCUUCCAGGAAACCCAAAGAGAACCAGCCCCUUAGAGAUAUCAAUCCUAAAAUGGGCUUCAAGGAACCCAAGUCUUUGACCAAGGAGCAUCGGACUGAGGGGACGACCCACGGGUCGGCGCUCAACAAGCGCCUGUCGGCUCCUGAUGGCGACGAGCAUGUGACCAAAAAACGUAAAAAGGGAUUUAUGGAUCCAUCAGGGAAGCAGCCAUCGGGGUCAGACUCUCAACAUUUGGAUAAGAGUCUCUUGAAGGAUAAAUCACUGGGGCGACCAAGUAAACCGCGACCAGAAGUUGACGAGGCGGACCGCAGGAAGGUGUCAACGCUGCCGCAAUUCCGGGACCUGGUGGACCUCAAUGACUCGGAUAUGGAGGACCAGUCGACCAAAGAUUCCGAGCAGCCCAGUCCGGCCAGUUCCAGCUCCAGCUCAGGCUUUGCUCCCUCACACCACAAACGGCAAGUGGUGGACUUCAUCAUCAGGAAAAGGUUGGCUAUUCCUGCCACCACCCACACAGUUCUGGGCCCGCUGCAGUCGGUGAUGCAGGACCUGCACUCGGACGACAACGACGACGACUCGGAGGACGGCGGCGACCACGACAUGGACUCUGACGCGGAGCGGCCGGCGCACACACACCUCACGCACCACCAGCGCAGGGUCAGUUUGAGUGACGGCAGUGAGAGUGACAGCUCCUCGCCCUCCCCCCCAUCUCGCAAUGAAGCCCCGCCCAUGCUAAAGACCACCGCUAACCAGAUACUGGAGGUGAAGAGUCCCACCAAGCAGAGCAAGCAGGACAAGAGCAGAAACCUGGACUGUGACAAGGCGUACCUGGACGAGCUGGUGGAGCUGCACAAACGGCUGAUGACCCUCAGAGAAGGUCACAUCCUCCAACAGAUCGUGAACCUCAUUGAAGAGACCGGACACUUCCACAUCACAAACACGACUUUUGACUUUGACCUUUGCUCCCUGGACAGAAGCACAGUGAGAAAGCUGCAGAGCUACCUGGACACCUCGGGCCUGUCCUGAGGCUCUGAGCAGCCGGCUGCUGGAUCUCGGUCUCCAUGUAGACUUUUUAGAUUUUCCUUGAUUGAACUCUGGAUGCAGACGCCCCACCGCGGCCGGUCCGGUGUGCCGUGUGUCCGGCCCGCCUGUCGGACCGGGCCCUCUGAGCGAGGAGGAGGACCCGCUGCAGGACCCAGAGCCAGGGGUUGUGGGUCACGAGCCCUGUGGAUCAGGAGAUCACCCAGAAGGCCUUCAACCGUCACUUGACUUCUUAGAGAAAAGAGAAAGGAAGUGGUUGCUCUUAAUGAUGUGCUUAUUGUUCCAUGUAUGUUCCUUUUGUUCAAAUGCACGGUUCCUUUACAACGUUGUACGUCUUAUUUAUUGUGUGUGUGUGUGCGUGUGUGUGUGUGUGUGUUUGAAAAGGCAAAAAAAACACAAAUGGGAAAACGGCAGAGUGAGACCUCCCUGCAGGAUGGUCUUUGGUCAGGCAUUGCUGAGGACGCCCGAUUUGACGUGAAUUUCAAUGUGACAUCACCUCUGAGUCAGCAGCAGCAGCUGUGAAGAGGCCGCUGGUCACUUUAUAUUCCCCAAAAAUAAAUCGGGAAUAUUGGAGCGGGCGCCUGGCAGAAGGCCUCCUCGCCAGUGGAGUGGUUUGGAUAACGACGAGCUUUAUUUGAUCUUAAUGUUAUAGUACGGGGCGUGGUCUGGGCCCGGUUUAAGUUCAGUAGUCCACAUGAUGAAGACAAAGCGUGUGUUUUUUGUUCUGACUGGUUGAACUCUUAUCUAGUUACUUACUAAUAAAUUGUCUGAAAAUCUCCCAGAUGCAAACUUAGUGUGGCCGUCGCCAUCUUGGAUUACGGCUGUCGUCAUGGUUAUCUUGCAACUCCUGAACUGAAGUUCUCAUAUUUAGAACGUGGAGGAGUGACAUAGAGACAUCUACUGCUCUGCUAGCAACCUGUCAAUCACCCUGUAGCCCCGCCCCUAAAGCGUCCCCUGCGUUAUGGUCUGUGUGACUCUAAAGGACCAUCAUGUACUAAAUGAUGACAUCAUGCUGUAUAGAAGAAGACUUGAAACUAGAGACAGACAUAAACUCAUGUUUACAAUGUUUACUGAGGGAAUACAUCAAGAGAGAAGUAGUCAUUAUAUAGACUUCUAUACAACCAGAGGAGUCGCCCCCUGGUGGUCAGGAGAGAGAAUGGAGCUUUGAAUGGACUUCCGGAGGUUGAAGUGUACACACACACACUCACACACAUGUAGGUUUGAUUCUUACUACAAACCAGAGCCAACGUUAAAUAAAGGUCCAGCAGGUGUUCCUGUAUCAGUCUGGCGCUCUCUGCUGUCGGUUCCCUUCCACGCCGCCUCGCUGAGCACAGUGUUGUUUCAGACCGGUCGUCGCAUGCUGAAGUGUUCAUACAUCGGAUUUAGAGCUAAAGAGGUCAAAUCUUCGGCGAGUGCUUAAAUGGCUGUCAGGAUAUCAAACACAGAUGGAUCUGACCCACAGGAACGUUUAAAGGGAGCAUCACAAGACGUAAGGUUCUACACAUGUUGGUUGUAAGCUCUUGAACAUGCUGGUUGGUUGUGCGCUCACCGGACUAAUGCAAACAUCUGCACUUCCACAGGCAGAAAGGUUUCCAUCACAGGAAGUGUCUUUCCAGCUGUGAGGAUUGGAGCCGCCACAUCAGUUCAUACAGGUGCAACAACAUUUGGCAGUUUGUUUUUCCCAUAUUGUGACUCUGUGCCAGAACCGUGACCAGAUCACUGAUGUUUAUCUACAUUCUACAAAAUAUUGUCAUUGUCAAUAUUCCAUGUGACUCCUGUGUUCUGCAUUUCUGAAAUGUGUGAAUUAUUUCUGGUACAUGUCAACAAGAGAGACGGCCAGUGGCUGACGGGUACUGUGACGCGCGUAGGAAAGAACAACAGCGAUCUUUUGUUUAUUUUGUGGCUGUUUGCUCAAUCAAAGCUCAGCAUCCACUUCUCCAAGGAGAAUGCCUUCGUUUGAUUGGUUGCCGAGGCCACAGGGUUCUUCUCACCCUGCGCUCUGUCUUAUGGUUUCUUGUGUAUUUUGAGGACAUACAAUAAACAUUCUUUAUGAUAUAAAGAUGA